AUUUUUCCUCCCCUUCUUCCCUCCAGCUGAGCACGGGCUCUUGGGCAAGCUGCUGGUGUUUGCUGGCUGGUCUUUGUCCAAGCAUGUCACGUGGGCGCCAGCUCAUUUGCAUGCCUGGCUUAAUGAGCUUAGCAUGCGCUGCUCCGCUUCUCCGUGUUGUUGUUGUGCUCGUUAGUUUGUGGUGAGCAAGAGGACAAACGUCAGGACAGGACCUCCUCUGCUUCGCUGGACCCUCUAGCGGUCUCUCCUCCCUCACUUCAACGCCCACUCGCCCCCCUGCCCCCCUGCCCCCAGUCUCUCUAUCGCUGUGUCCCAAAGCUUUGACCAGCCUGCUUUGGCGCUGGAUCAGCUCUCACGUGGCUUCCUUUCUUCAGCGGGAACUUUGCUUUACCCCAAAAUGCACCAGAAGUCCUGGACUUGCAGUCACCUGACCCAUGUCAGGUUCUGCAGCCAAGUGUCCCAGUUGAGGAAGCGAUUCGAAGGUCUGCCCAGGAGCACCAGUGACUGGGAAAUGAACAGAAAGGAGCGCAAUGCUCGCCGAUUGGAGGGCAUCGAGGGGGAGGUGCAUCCAGCCGUCCUGCCCACCCUGGUGGCCAAGCGACUUUGGGAAGAGGAUCCACCACCAUACACCCGAGCGUCUGAUCCCUGUCAACCUUGUGUUGGUCCAGUACACAGGUACGGCACAGAGGGAUUUGGAAGGCCAGACAUGCAGACCAUGGCUCCAGAGCAGUCCCAAGCCGCCAAUCACACCGGGCACGUCUGCGCUUCAUCUUCCACCAAAGCCGCUCCAGAGUUAGAGUCCAAAGCUGAACGCAUCGCUCGCUACAAGGCGGAGAGGCGGCGGCAGCUAGCGGAGCGCUACGGCAUCACCUUGGACCAGGAGCCAGAGGUGGACCAUCCGUCCCGCUACAGUCAUCCUCGGAAGGAGUCGGAGGACUCAGAGAGGCGUAACAAAGAGAAGCUUGUUGGGGAAGAAGAUGGCCGUGAAGUCUCUAUGGAUUCAUACGCCCUGACCCACAGCCCACGCAGGGGGCGGACUGUGCCCCAGCCGGGUGAUGACCCCGAAAUGGGUCGAACCAGAGCGGCCUUGUUCUCAGAGAGGGAGCGACUCAUGAACCUGGAGAAUCGGCGCAGGGGAGCGGCUCACGGCUCCUCCUAUUCCGCCUACAUGGACACCGUGGCGCCUGCCAAGCCGCCGAGCUCACCCAAGCAGAGCAAACGCCCGUCUGUGGCCGCACCGAAACACGCUUCCUCCCCUGGCGACCUCCUCAUGGGGCAGCAGGCCCACAACAUCCUCAGCAGACACGGAAGCAGAGUUAGGGAGAAGCUUGCGAAGGAAGGAGGACCCCAGAGGCGCUCAGGUCUAGGAAGUGCCGCUGAGGCUACGGUGUACCGCAGACAGUUUCAGCCACCUACACUUCACUACGCAGAUCCAGCAGUUCCUCAGCAGGCCCAUCGUCAGCCUCAUGCUCCGCACAUGCACGGCAGGCAUCCGGGAGGACGGGAUGGGGGUGCUUCUCCCAGUUAUCUGUCCAUGACCUCUGCCGUGGCAUCCAGAGCAGAGCAGCUCCCAGAUGAAGAAAGCAAGGAGUCGGGCGCUAUAGAGACAGAGGGUCUCCUGAGGAGUAGGAAAGCGGUGCUGCCCUCAGAGGUCCGCCGCAGGGAGAGGAGCACGGAGGACCCACGCAGAGGAAAAGGAGAAGAUGAGAUGUCUGCUGAAACAGAAGACCCAGCAAGGAGAAGUCAGAGAGGCGGAAGGCAAACAGCUGAGCCAUCCAAACACAUCCACAGCCGCCAGCGAGCAGGCCCCGGCGGGCCCGGAGAGACGGACGAUGCCGUUGAUGUCCACAAAGGCGCGUCUGUCGGCCACAUCCGACGCAAAGCGCCACCCAGCCAGCCCGCGUGGGAAUCUGGUGAUCAAGAAGACCUCCAUGAACACGUUGAAGAUCCCCGGCAGCUGAAGAAAAGGAAGGAAGACGUUCCUCGGGACGGCCUCGUGUCUGUGGCCCAGCUCCGACAUUCUUACAUGGAAAGCACCACCACGCCGCCGAGCACGUGCAAAGCCGAGCUGUCCCGUCUGAGGUCAGCAUUCGCUUGGGGUGAAGCUGAGGAGGAACAGCUGGAUGAGCGGGCCAAGCUGAGCGUGGCGGCCAAGCGUUCACUCUUCAGGGAGUUGGAGAAAAAUCUGGUGGGAGCUGCUAAGCCGCGCUCCAGGAACGCUGCAGUGGAGCGCCGGCUAAGACGGACACAAGACCGAUCCAGAACUCAACCCGUCACCACUGAGGAGGUGGUCAUCGCCGCCACCCUGCAAGCGUCAUCGCAUCACAAGGGCGCCGCACAGGAGCCGGGGGCCCGGCCGCCCCCGGACACCCACAUGGAGACGAGAGAGGAGGGCGGGGGCCAAGGGGAGCCCGACCACUGCACGCUCAGCCUGGCCGAGAAGAUGGCGCUGUUCGACCGACUGGCUCAGCCCCCAACCGGGGCCACGCGCUCCAGGGGGGGCACACGCCAGCGCAGGAGCAACACCCGCUACCAGACUCAACCCAUCACGUUGUGUGACAUGGAGCAGCUGGAAGGUCAACAGCUCCCCUCCCCCUCGUCUGGUGUGCCAAGACAAGGCGACACGAUGUCCGCUGACCACGCAGGAGACGCCCACGUGAGCAGCCCCGACGGCACGACCCGGACCCCCCUGGACGCGGCGGAGCGCCACAGGCAGCCUCAUCCCGUAUCGCCACAGGAAGAGGACGCAACAGAGGUGUCGGGGAGGAAGAGGAGGCUGCUGUCUCCCGAGGACGACGGCAGACGAGCGGAGGAUGAGAGCCUGGUGGCGCUGGAAGGGAGGAAGAAGAUUUCUCCGAGGGAGGAAGUGCGGCACGCUGCCAGCCCCACGAGCCAAACGUUGAAUGGCGAGCUGGCCGAGCCCGCCGGGGUGCGACCCAGGGCGGCAUCCAUGUCAUCCAAAGGCGUUUACCGGCCGCCGCCGGCAGACACGCACUCGGCGUGCGGUGAACUAGUAGGCGACAUGUGUGACGCCAUGACGGCCAAACACAUGUCCGUCAAAGAGAGGGUGGCGCUGCUGAAGAAGAGCGGCGAGGAGGACUGGAGGAACCGGAUCAAUAAGAAGCAGGAUGCGGUCAAGGCGGCUGUAGGUGACCCCUACGCUCACCCGUGGGAGGUGGAACAGAGCUUCAACAAGAAGAGAAUCACGGAGCCUGGCAUGGAGUCGCAGAGGAUGGGGGCUCAGAUGUCCAUCCAGGAGAGGAAGGAGCACAUGGAAGCUCAAGAAGACGCCUGGAGGUCCAAAGGCCAAGGAGCUGCCAACGACUCCACCCAGUUCACCGUGGCUGCACGCAUGCUGCAGAAAGGGUCGGGCUCCCCGUCCGCCCCGCGGUCCUCCAUGUCCAAACCCAAGAGCAGCAGCCCUGCCGUCUCCAAGCCACAAGAAGACCUCACCGCCACGCCACAUCUCAAGAUGGAGUCAGACAGGAAGUUGGAUAAGCUGGAGUCGUUCCUCAGCAAGAUCAACAGUAAAGCACCGCCAGACACCAUCGUCACGGUAACGGAGAAGAAGAUAAAGGAAGUGAUGGCCCUGGAAGAUGAGAUCUUUUCCAACUUCUACCGCCAAGUGGAGGAGCUGCCGUCCACCACCAGCAAGGUGGCGCUGGUGGACGACUUUGACGCCAUCUUUGGGCCACAGCUUCCAAAGUUGACAUCGGAGAUGGUGCGGCACAAGAGAGCCGUGAGGCCCACACGGAACGUAGCGCCGUCGAAGAACCCACUGAAGACGCUCGCUGCCAGAGAGGACAUCCGACAUGGAUACACGGAACGCCGCCUCAACGUCGGCCUGCUGGAAAGCAGGAGGAUGAAAGCGGAAAAAGCCAACAAGAACUGCACCUUAUCUGACGCGGCCUUGGCUGGUCUCGCCAGCAGCGAGAACUUUGGCAGCAUCAGCCUACGCAGCGUGGACAUCUCUGAGCAGACGUCCAGCAGCAGCGCCGUGCCCUACAAGAACGUCAUGCUGCUGCAUGUCAAAGGUCGACGGCACAUCCAGACCAGGCUAGUGGAGCCCAGAGCGUCGUCCUUGAACAGCGGCGACUGCUUCCUGCUCAUCACGCCGCAGCGCUGCUUCGUCUGGAUGGGAGAGUUUGCCAACGUGAUCGAGAAGAACAAGGCUUCAGAGUUGGCCAACUUCAUCCAGAACAAGAAAGAUCUGGGUUGCCGUGCCGACGGCGUGCAGGUCCUUGAAGAGGGCGUUGACCCUCAAAGCCACGCUGCCGAGGAGUUCUGGAAGAUCCUGGGAGGCCAUGCCACUUACCAGCCGGCAGGAACGGCGGAUGAAGACGAGCUUUACGAGGGUGCCAUCAUUGAGACCAACUGUGUUUACCGACUGGCGGACAACAAACUGGUGCCAGACGACGACUUUUGGGCCAAGAUACCUCGCUGUUGUUUACUGACGGCGAAGGAGGUUCUGGUGUUUGACUUUGGGAGCGAGAUGUACAUCUGGCACGGGAAGGAAGUCACGCUGGCGCAGAGGAAGGUGGCCUUCCAGCUGGCCAAGCACCUGUGGAAUGGAACCUUCGACUACACCAACUGUGAUAUCAACCCCCUGGACCCGGGAGAGUGCAACCCGCUCAUUCCCAAGAAAGGACGGGGCCGCCCUGACUGGGCGGUGUUUGGCAGACUGAGCCAUCACAACGAAACCAGCUUGUUUAAGGAGAAGUUCUUGGACUGGAGCGAAUGCAGGAGAACAUCCUGGCCCACCAAGACCAGCAGCAACGCCAAGGGGCGGCCCACCUCGGAUCAGCCCCAUGCGUACGACGCCGCCCUCAUGAUGCCCCUCCCCCAGCUGUCCGUCUGCACCGUCGUGGAUGGCCUGAACGUGGGUCGGGGGUACGGGCUGGUGGACGGGGAGGACGGGCGGUGCUACGAGGUCCGCACGCUGGUCGUGGAGGUCUGGCACAUCCUGGAGUUCGACUACAGCCGCCUACCGCGCCAGAGCGUGGGCCAGUUCCACGAGGGCGACGCCUACGUGGUGAAGUGGAAGUACGCGGUCGGCACCGCAGUCGGGAAGCGGCAGAACCCGGAGCAGCUCAAGACAGCGGGGCCCGGGAAGGAGAAGUGCUGCUACUUCUUCUGGCAGGGACGCAAUUCCACGGUCAGCGAGAAGGGAACGUCGGCGCUCAUGACCGUGGAACUGGACGAGGAGCGAGGGGCCCAGAUUCAAGUCCUGCAGGGAAAGGAGCCUCCGUGUUUCCUGCAGUGCUUCCAAGGAGGCAUGAUCAUCCACGCUGGGAAGAGGGAAGAAGACCAGGAGACCUCGCAGAGUGACUGGCGGCUGUACUGCGUGCGAGGGGAGGCUGAGCCGGAGAGCCACCUGGUGGAGGUGGUGUGCCACUGCAGCAGCCUGCGCUCCAGGGUCUGCUUGGUGCUGCUGAGCGUCGCCAGGGCCCUCAUCUACCUGUGGCACGGCUGCAAGGCGCUGGAGCACACACGGAGGGUGGCGCACGCCGCCGCCAGCUGGAUCCAACACCAUUGUCCUCUAGAAGCAGGUCUUCACAGCAGCAGCAAGGUGAGCGUUUGGGACUGCGAUGAGGGAGCAGAGCCUUUGGAAUUCUGGGAAGCCCUCGGCAGGAGAGACAGGAAAGCGUACGACUGCAUGCUGCAAGACCCUGGCAAGUUCAACUUCACGCCUCGUCUCUACCAGCUGAGCAGCAUUUCAGGGGACUUUGUUGCCGUGGAGUUCCUCUACCCCGCCCGGGACCCCAAGGGGGUCAACCCCAUGCCCUUCCUGCAGGAAGACCUGUACUCUGCAUCCCAGCCCGCAUUGUUCCUGGUGGAUAACCACCACGAGGUCUACCUGUGGCAGGGCUGGUGGCCUCGGGACAGUGAAGGUACCGGCUCGGCCCGAAUACGCUGGGACUUGGACAGGAAGUGUGCCAUGGAGACGGUGCUGCAGUACUCUAAAGAAAAGAAUGGAAAAAAGCCCCCAAAGGCGUAUCUGAUCCACGCCGGGCUGGAGCCGCUCACCUUCACCAACAUGUUCCCCAGCUGGGAGCACCGAGAGGACAUCGCCAACAUCACCGAGCGGGAGGCAGAGGUGUGUAACCAGAUCAUCCUGGUGGAAGACGUGUUGGCCAGACUGUGCCAGACCACAUACCCACUGGAUGAUCUCCUCGCCCGGCCGCUGCCGGAAGGCGUGGACCCCCUCCGCCUGGAGGUCUACCUGUCGGACCAGGACUUCCAGAAAGGCCUGGAGAUGACCAGGGAGGAGUACGAGCGUCUGCCAGCAUGGAAGCAAACCAACGUGAAGAAGAGCAAAGGACUUUUCUAGUUUCAUGGAUUCUGGACUUGGCUCUCCGAGGAUGGAAGCUGUGGCAGAUGUUGGUGGUCUGAAGGUCAUUUCCAGUCAGCAUAUACGUAUAUGCCUACAUACGUAUAUGCGUACAUACGUAUAUGCGUAUAUGCAUACAUAAGUAUAUGCCUACAUACGUAUAUGCGUACAUACGUUGUUGCAAAAUGUCACCAUGGAAGAGCCGCAGGUUUUGGACGUGAUGACCAACUCCAUGGAGGUGGUUUCCACUUUGUGUACAGUUUAUACUCGCACUUUUGGCCUAGACAAAUAAACCCGAAAAGAA